UGUUCUUGUCCUCGACCAGUCGAUACAAUGGAAGCAAUAAGAUUCACACAGAACAACCUCCAAUUGGAGCUUGUCCAAAUCCCUAUCCCCAAAGUUUCCGAACCUUUGCAAGUACUCAUCAAGGUUGCUUACUCUGGAAUCUGUGGCACAGACCUCCAUAUUAUUGCUGGAGAGUUUCCGUGCACCAAAAGAACAGUCACUUUAGGUCAUGAGUUUUCUGGUACGGUUGUGGAGGUUGGCUCAGGAGUUACAACCUUCAAAAAAGGUGAUAGGGUGUCGGUGGAUCCCAACAAAGGUUGUUGUUGCUGCAAAUUUUGCCACUCUGGCCGGCCCCAUUUCUGUCAAAUGGGAGGCGUUGACAACAUUGGCACUUUCAAAGAUGGAGGCUGGGCCAACUUUAUUGUGGUACCGGAAGAGCAAGUCUUCAAGCUUCCCGAUAAUAUUACUUUAGAACAAGCUGCCUUGGCUGAGCCUUUAUCCUGUUUGGCCCAUGGUUGGGACAUCAUCAGCCCAAUUCCUAUUGGUACCAAAAUAUUGGUGACUGGGGCUGGAAUCAUUGGGAGUUUGUGGGUGUGUGCCCUUCAUUUACAAGGCCAUAGAAACGUUACUGUGUCGGAACCAAAUGCCUCCAGGUUGAGGCAACUACAGAAACUUAAUACAGGAUACGUUAUUUUGACACCAGAUCAGCUGAAGAAGAACCAACAGGCUGAUUAUGAGUAUUUGUUCGAUGUGGUGAUCGACUGCAGUGGGUUCCCACCAGCUGUGGAGCAUGCCGUCAGUCUUCUACGAAGUGGAGGUAAACUCUGUUGUUUUGGAGUUGCUCCACCUCAUCGAAAAAUCACGGUAUCCCCCUUUGACAUUUACAUGAAAGAGUUGACCAUCCAUGGUGUCAAUGUUAACCCAUUCAGUUUUCCUAAGGCCAUUGGACUGCUGGAGUCAAUGGGUGACAGAUAUUUGAGCUAUCAGAACUUGGGGAUUAAAACUUAUUCGCUGAAACAGUACAAGGAGGCCAUUCAGACUUUACGAAGAGGAGAUAUUGCUAAAGCUAUUUUCAAAUUGUAAUAUAGUAAACCUUUUAAUGAUGUUGACUGUUUGGAUUAUCGGCGUUAUGUCAAAGUGCCAACUGAUAAUUAAAAUAAACAAACAAUGCUAAAAAUUAAA